UAUUAAAAGGGUCCCCUUCCUCACUUCGCGUUUUGCUAUCCACUAAACCACAACUUCCCUUCCUUUCUUCCUCUUUUUCUCGGAACAAAAAUGGUGGCUUUAUUUUCCCAGGAAAAUGUCGUCGCAUUGGUUUCUCGUACCGGUCGGGAGUUACAGCGUUACAGAAAAGGUCGUCGCCAAGUUGUGGGAUGCAUACCAUAUAGAUAUAAGAUUGAGGAGAAAACUUGGUUGGGCGAUUUAGAUGAAUUAGAAGUUCUGGUUAUUAGUUCUCAGAAAGGCAAAGGAAUGCUAUUCCCAAAGGGAGGGUGGGAACUUGAUGAAUCCAAAAAGGAGGCAGCUUUGCGAGAGACCAUAGAGGAAGCUGGGGUGCGAGGCAUUGUUGGGGGUAAAUUGGGGAAAUGGAGCUUCAAGAGCAAAACCCAUGAUACCUUCUAUGAAGGGUACAUGUUCCCACUUCUUGUUGAAGAGCAACUUGAGUUCUGGCCAGAGCAGAACGUUCGUCAAAGAACAUGGAUGAGCGUAUCUGAAGCAAGAGAAGUUUGUCAACACUGGUGGAUGAAGGAAGCACUAGAUAGACUUGUAAACCGUCUCACGGGUCAAAAACUACUUGGUCGUGAAACAAAGCAAGUUCUAAGUUGCAUAGCACCAGAUAUGUCCAAUUGCCAAAUCUGACUCGCUUGUAAAUAUUUUAUAUUUUCGAGGCUAGAAGAGAGCUCUCAACAUUUUUUCACUUUAGGAUCCCAUGAAUUCACCUUAAAUCAUAUCAGUAUCAUAGUAUAUAUAAUAAUAUUAUUCAUAGCCAAUAGGGUUUCUAGCUUCAUCCACCUUGCAUAGGAGUUUGGCGAUUGGUUUCCUCUCAAUUGUUUUUUUCUCCUUAAACCAAGUGGAUUUAGAUUUAAUCAAUUUUUAUACAUCCCUUCUCUCUCUUAAUAGCGAGACUUGUGGAAACUAUUAGGAGGCCCGAGAAUCACUUUUGCUUUUAUUUAGAAGAUAGGAUAAGGGAAUGGAUCACACGACGGACCAAGUAAAAGAAAACUGCGGAUUAGACAAACGACAAAUUCUUGCAAGGUUAAUUAGACCUUAUUCGAAACAAAUUACAAUUUUUCUAACUAUAGUAUAAUAGUUAUUAAUUCGUAGUGGAUAUGAGCUUAAAGAAACAGACGAGUAAGCUGAUUAUUCGAACAUUUUAUUGAUUGCGAAUAUAUUAUUUAGACUUAAAAAUCUUAUAUUCGACUCAUUCUCC